UAAAAAUAAAAAAUAAAGUUCAAUUUUUUCAUCAAAUUUUCUCUCAAUUCCUCAAAGGGUUUUCACUUUAAGCGGAAAUCUUCAGGUACUGUUGAUGGUGUGAGAAGCCGGGCAGAAAUGGACAGCGACGAGGACGAAACGUUCUACUACCGCUACUCCUCCGUCUCAGCUUCAGCGUCGUCAAACUCUACAGCCGCUGCCAAAGGCGGUCGUGGGAUCCAAUCCACUGGGUCAAACAAAUCCAACGGCUCUGGUGGCCUCGCCCCCUCGAAAUCAACGGUAUACGUGGCGAACCUCGAUUACUCCCUGACAAAUUCCGACGUCCACACCCUCUUCUCCACCUUCGGGAAGGUGGCGCGUGUGACCGUCCUUAAAGACCGCGAAACCCGCCAGUCUCGCGGUGUUGCUUUUGUUCUCUUCGUUUCUCGUGACGACGCGCUCAAAGCGGCGCGUACCAUGGAUGGCAAGGUUCUCAAUGGGCGAACACUAACGGCGUCAAUCGCCGCCGACAAUGGCCGGGCGGCGGAGUUUAUAAAGAAGAGGGUGUAUAAGGAUAAGUCGAAGUGUUACGAAUGUGGAGUUUCGGGACAUUUGUCGUAUGAGUGUCCUAGGAAUCAGUUGGGGCCGAGGGAAAGACCUGUGGUCUCUAAGCGGGGGAGGAGGAGGAGGGAAGGGGAGGGAGAGGAGGAAGAGGGAGGAGAGCGGGGAAGUGAGUGUUUUGAGGAGGAGAAUUGGGCGUCGGUAGUGGAUGAUGAAGCAGGGGAGAGGUUGAGGAGAAUGGAGGAAGGAGAUGGGGAGGAAAGGAAGAGGAAGGUGAUGAAAAAGGCUAGUUACUUCAGUGAUGAGAGUGAUGAGGAAGAGUAAAUUUUGGUUGGUGUUCUUGAAGAAAUUCAUCCCAGGACGCUGAUUCGAACAAACUACCUUUCUGGGUUCAAAA